AUGAGAGAGGAGUCAGGGAAGGAAAAGGAGACAAAGACGAAGGCGUUUCAAUCCUAUGGGGGCACAUCAACGUCCUCGCCAUGGCGUGAUGAGUUGUUGGAAUCCGACGAGAUCAUUGUGGGGCUCAAUGAUGAUACAGAUACACCAAAGCAGCGCCAUCACGUCAGCCAAAGCUACAUCAUCCCCCCAAUAUCCACAUCAGACUUAGCUGCUGUGAAAGAAACAACUCCCUUGAAAAGUUCCUCCUCCUCGGCUGAUAUGAUUCGAAGACGAAUGAGUGAUCCCACGGACAACAAUUUCCGAAAUCAUGUGAGCUUCGAAAGCUUCAAUUCCGACCAGAGUCCACCCUUCUUGGAUGGCGCGGAUUCCGGCACGGGGAUUGCCUUUGCCGACUUUCACAAUCGAUGGCUUCCAGACAAAUUCGAAGAUGAUGACAACAACAACAACAACAAUAAUAUGACAUACUCGUCUUCGUCGUCCAUUUCCAGCAGCCGCCGCAAUAAUAGGCACCACCAUCACCACGAUCGGCGAAAACUCAUGCCCCGAUCCAUCAAACGGCGCAUUCAUCUCUUCUUGUCCGAACCAACCUCAUCCAUUGGAUCUGCAAUAUUUUACAUCAUUGUCAUCUUGGCCAUUUUCGUCAUGAACAUUGUCAUGGCUAUGCAAACCAUGCAUCAUUUUCAAUUUACGCCUGAUGAUUGCAUCACAUGUGGAGGACCCGUUGUAUACACUUUUGAAGAUGACAGCAUUGAAUCGCCUUUGGAACCUGGUGUUCCCUGCACGUGUCCUCCCACGCCCUAUGAGUGGACGAAUGCUGUUUUGACAUAUCUCAUUUAUUUCUUCACCGUCGAAUGGCUUCUUCGAGUGCUCUUUUUUGAACCGGCGCCAAACAUGUAUGAUGGAGAGGGCAAGUUUGCCCACGACGAGGAUCAGGAUCACCAUCAUCAUCAUGGUCGACGACGAGCUUCGUUUUGGCGCCUCUGGUUUGCCCACCUCACCAGUACUACUACCAUGCUGGAUGCCUUGGCGAUCUUUCCAUUCUACUUGGAAUCACUCGACAAUACAAAUGGACUCAUGAGCUUGCGAUUGCUGCGCAUGUUUCGUGUCUUUCAACUUGUCCGACUAGGACAGUACAAUGGCACAUUCAUGACCCUGACCAAUGUGCUCUGGAAAUCUCUCGUCUUUUUGAGGGUCCUAUUCGUGGUCCUAUUGUUUGGAGCUGCCUUGUUCGGUAGUCUCAUGUAUUGGUUAGAGAGAGGCAUUUGGCAAUACCACGAGGAAUCCGAUUCGUACCGAUUCAUGCGCGUUGGUGUAGAUGGUGCCACAGUUGAACCAUCGCCCUUUACAAGUAUACCAGCAGCAUGUUGGUGGUUCAUGGUCACGGCAACAACUGUGGGAUACGGAGACAUGUAUCCAACUACAACGUCUGGUAAGUAUGUGGCAUGUUUUGCCAUGUUAAUGGGGGUGUUGGUGGUUGCCUUUCCUGUGUCAGUUUUUUCCGAUUUGUGGGCGAAAGAAAUCAAACGACAGCAUCAGGAGCCAGCCGAGAGACAUCAUCAAGAUCAGCACAAUCAUCACGGACACAAUGGAGACGACGACAACCUGCACACAAAUGGUGAUGAUGAGGAUGAUGGUAUCAAGAUGCCGCUAGACAGUCCUGCUGCCAUGAGGGCCAAGAACAUGGAUACCCUCUGGAAUAGCUUUGGGCGACUCUCCUUCAUGCCAAACAGUGACAUCAUUGAUGAGGAGCAGUUGCGCACGAUUGAAACCCACAACGAUGAUGGGUCACCUAGAAGUAGCAAUGAUCAUCACAAAGAAGCACCAGGGCACCUAAAAGGCGUUUCAACACCAGGUGUAGUGCUAAUGGACACCCAGGACUUGAAAGAUAUUCUGGAUAGAUUGGAGAGCAUAAGGGAGCACGAAAACAACAUACGGAGCAUCCUUGACAAGUAUAAGAUAACGUAA